GUAACGCGCCAAAUUAAAAUAAAUUUGCAUUUAAAAUUAUUUACUUUCCCCAAGUAAACAUCUAUGUACCUUAUAUCUUGGUUUCAUUUCUCGUGUACCGAAGCAUAAACUCACAGUAAAGAACGACGUUAGUGGGAAAAUUUAAGAGCAUUCAUGUAAUAUCUAUAAAAAAGAAUAUAACUGAUCUUUUUUAAUUUAUUUAUUAAAAUUAAUAUUUACAAAAUAAGUACCUAAUUGAGAUAAUUAAUGGCACAAACCAUUUUUAUUUCUAUUAUCCCAAGCACAUCAGCCGCUGAUGAUGAAGUGGUCACAGUGGAUGUCACCAGUAAUGGACUGCUGGACUCCAUUAGUGAUAUUCCCCAGCCUCUCAUACCUCCUGACAUAAUCAUGUCAACAGAUGGCAGUGCCGAUAAUGAGGAUGACUCCACGAAACUCAAUCUCGCUUAUGAGAACCUGUAUGAAAUACCAAGGACCAUUGUGGAACGAUUUGCUGAUUAUAUUACGUACCUGGAUAUCAGCCACAACAAAAUCACAAAUCUGGACGCACUGGUUCACUUCAGACACCUGACCUCGUUGAUAGCUGACAACAAUCCCGUCACAGAGAAUUGCAUUCUACCGCCUUUACCAAAGUUGCAGUUGUUAUGGUUGAACCGGUGUAAAAUAUCUUCGCUAUACCCGUGGGUGGGUAAAUUGAAGGAGUCAUGUCCGAAUCUCAGCCACUUGUGCCUGAUGGGCAACCCUGCAGCGCCGAGUUACCUCAACGGGGGUACAUUCUACGAGUAUCUACAAUAUAGAUUAUUCGUGAUAUCCCAAUUCCCAUCACUGAACCACCUCGACGACAGGAACGUGACGGAUGACCAGCGGCAGGAAGCUCAGAGGCUGUACAAGAGGCCGCUGCUGGAGAGGUUCGUGAACCCUCGCUCCAGCGGGCUCGGCCAGCUCAUACAUACCUCAGUCACAUGGAGCAACGUCCAGAGUAGGCUCAACUCGCUUUUGGGUAAAGAGCCGGAGCGCAACAGAAAUCUUUUGAUAUAAAUCUUAUCUUAAUCUUAAUGAUAAUAUUAUAAAUGCGAAAGUUUGUGAGUAUGGAUGUUUGUUACUCUUUCACGCAAAAACUAUAGAACGGAUUUUGGUGAAAGUUUACAGUAAUAUAGCUUAUGCAUCAGAAUAACAUGUAGGCUAUAUUUUAUAUUGAAAUUAAACUCGGAUGAAACCGCGUGCACAGCUAGUACUAAAUAAUGCUCUCAUAAAAGUUUGCCGGAAAUAUUUGUUGUGUUCACCUAUGUGGUCCUAGUAUAUUUGUCGUCAUCUCCAUAAUAUCGGUUUCGACGAUUUACGCAGGCGGAGCAUCAGUGAAGUAUGAUAAGGUAAACAUGUGGUCAGAUCAGUUAGCCAGCCGUGGUAAAUUUAUCAUGGUGGUUUCUAGGGAACUGCGUGGAGGUAAACUUGACAUGGUACAUGCGUCAGUAAUGGCGUCAACAAUCCCCUUUCUUCUCUAUAUUUCUUAUUUAUAAAGUCAAUAUAUGACAACAUAUGUUCGGUAAAGGCAUUUAAUAU